UUUGUAUCGCUUGAAAGCUGCAGUUUCGCUAGAAAGUUUUGCACAGAUUUUAUCCUUUCGCUGUCAGUUUCAGCUGUUGCGGCUGGUUUUCAAGGAAUGGGGAGAAAAACGUACCUUCUAAGCCUCUUGGGGCUCCUUCUAAUUUCUUCUCUGUGUUUAGCCGAAGAGGAUAAGACAGAUGAGAAAACAGAGACAGAACCACCUACUGUAGAUGAAGAUGUCGGCAAAAGUAGAGACGGAUCAAAGACUGAUGACGAGGCUGUUCAGAGGGAGGAGGAAGCCAUUAAACUUGAUGGUUUGAAUGUAGCACAGAUGAAGGAACUUAGGGAGAAAGCAGAGAAAUUUGCUUUCCAAGCUGAAGUUAGUCGAAUGAUGAAGCUUAUUAUCAACUCCCUGUACAGAAAUAAAGAGAUUUUCUUGAGAGAACUUAUUUCCAAUUCGUCUGAUGCCUUGGACAAGAUUAGAUUCUUGAGUCUUACUGAUAAAUCAGCCCUUGCUGCUACAGAAGAACUCUCCAUUAAGAUCAAAGCGGACAAAGAGAACAACAUUCUUCAUGUUACUGAUACUGGUAUUGGUAUGACAAAGGACGAUUUGGUCAAAAACUUGGGUACCAUUGCCAAGUCAGGAACAAGCGAGUUUUUCCAGAAGAUGGCGGAUGCUCAGUCAAGCGAUCAGGCGAGUGACCUCAUUGGCCAAUUUGGUGUUGGUUUUUACUCUUCGUUCCUCGUUGCCGACCGUGUGAUUGUCACAUCCAAACACAAUGAUGACAAGCAGUACAUCUGGGAAUCUGAUGCUGCUUCUUUCAGCAUCACAGAGGACCCCAGGGGCAAUACCCUCCAGAGAGGAACGACCGUCAGUGUACAUCUGAAGGAAGAAGCUCGUGACUUCCUGGAGCCCGAGACCAUUAAAGACCUUGUGAAAAAGUAUAGUCAGUUCAUAAAUUUCAACAUCUACCUGUGGACAAGCAAGACAGAGGAAGUUGAGGAGCCAGUCGAGGAGGAAGCCAGCACUGACGAUAAGAAGGCUGAUGAAUCUGCUGAAGAUAAGAAAGAGGAGAAAGAUGAAGAGAAAGAGGAAGAGAAGAAGGAUGAAGAGAAGGAGAAGGAAGACAAGGAUGAUGAUGUGGAGGUUGAGGAAGAAUCAGAAGAGAAGGAGAAGAAACCCAAGACUAAAAAGGUGGAGAAAACUACCUGGGACUGGGAACUUAUCAACACCAACAAACCAAUCUGGAGCCGAAAACCCAAAGAUGUCAAGGACGAGGAAUAUAAUGAAUUCUACAAAUCAUUCACCAAGGAUCAUGAUGACCCUCUUGCCAAGACUCACUUUGUUGCUGAGGGUGAGGUGACCUUCCGUUCUAUCCUUUAUGUACCAAAAUCAGCCCCUCACAACCUCUUCUCUGAGUACGGCAAGAAAAUGGACCAGAUCAAGCUGUAUGUGCGACGUGUCUUUAUCACUGACAACUUUGAGGACAUGAUGCCCAAGUACCUUUCCUUCAUCCGUGGUGUUGUAGACUCUGAUGAUCUGCCACUGAAUGUCAGUCGUGAAACUCUUCAACAGCACAAAUUGUUGAAGGUUAUCAAGAAGAAGCUUGUGCGAAAGGCUCUAGACAUGAUCAAGAAAAUCCCCAAGGAAGACUACAUGGAUAAAUUCUGGAAAGAAUUCAGUACAAGCAUCAAGUUGGGUGUAAUGGAGGACCACUCCAACAGAACUCGAUUGGCCAAACUACUGCGAUUCUAUUCCUCCAACUCUGAGAAAGAAAUGACAAGCUUGGCUGAUUAUAUUGAGAGGAUGAAGGAGAAGCAAGAGGCUAUUUACUUCAUGGCAGGAACUAGCCGUAAGGAGGUUGAGACCUCGCCAUUUGUGGAAAAACUCCUGAAGAAGGGUUAUGAGGUGUUGUACUUGAUAGAGCCAGUUGAUGAAUACUGCAUCCAGAGCUUGCCAGAGUUUGAAGGAAAGAAAUUCCAAAAUGUUGCCAAAGAAGGGCUGAAGAUUGGAGAAGAUUCUGAGAAACAGAAAAAGAAGCAGGCAGCUCUGGAGAGCACAUAUGAGCCUCUGCUGAAAUGGCUGAAGGAAGAUGCCCUCAAGGAUCUGAUUGAAAAGGCAGCUGUCUCUCAGCGUUUGGAUGAGUCACCCUGUGCCCUUGUAGCCAGCUCAUAUGGCUGGUCUGGUAACAUGGAGAGGAUAAUGAGAUCUCAGGCCUAUGCCAAGAGCGGUGACCCCAGUAAUGAAUACUAUGCCAACCAGAAGAAGACCCUUGAAGUGAACCCCAGACAUCCAUUGGUCAAAGAGCUGCUCAAAAGAGUGGAGACAGACAAAGAAGACAAAACUGCUAAAGAUCUUGCUCGUGUGCUCUUUGAAACUGCUACUUUGAGAUCAGGGUACUUAAUCAAAGACUCCCAAGACUUCGCUGGACGUAUCGAGCGCAUGCUCCGUCUUAGCAUGGGAGUAGACCUGGAAGCCAUGGUGGAACCAGAGGAGGAAGAAGCUGAGGAGAAGGAGGAGGAGGAAGACAAAGAUGGAGAAGAGGUAGAUGCAGAGGGAGACAAAGAAGAUGAGAAGACGGAAGAGGAAUCUGCUACUGCGGAGGAGGCAGUGACGGAAGGAGAGACUAAACCGGAUGAGAAAGAAGAUGAAGUGGAGGGUGAAUCGAAAGAGGCCCCAGCAGAACCGAAAGACGAGCUUUAACAACCCAAGAACACUUUAGAAUUUUGAUAGACUUUAUAUUCUGGUGCGUUCACGUUGCGAUGUUUGUCUUCCACGGUUGUACAAAAAUAAGACGGCCAAAGAACUUCCUGGAUCGAGAAGUAUUUAUAAGAAAGACGCCCAAUUCGCAGGAUAAAAUAUGCUUGAAGUGCCCUCUGGAAGCUGUUUCUUCUGUUUCAAACCUGCACUAGUCACCUAGAACUUAAUGUAAUGCCCUUCCCAUUUAAAAUAGCCAAUAUUGAAAUAUAAGCAGCUUUAGAAGAGGCAUUUCUCAGUGGAUCUUGGAAACUUUCGCUUGAAUUUUAUUCUGAAAACUUAACCAGGGCCUCCGGAACAUGGCUGUCCAAUAAAUUGCAUUCUUACAAAGAAAAGUUUUAGGCGAGGUUAAUAAAAAUAUCAUUUAUAGUA